AUAUGUUACUUGCACGUAGGGUAUGAGACGUCAUGACGCAACGUGUGAGCUUCUCUUUACCGCUGUGUCCUUCUGCCACUCUCUCAAAAGGUCAUUAAAGUAGUAGUAAUGCUGUUAUUAACGCCUGUUGUGGUAGGGGGUGGGUCUAAGGUCGGGGCAGCCGCUGAUUGGACGCCUUGACGCCCUACGAGUGGCACGUUGUUUCCGGUCUAUGAUGCGCGCAUGCGCAGUGACCCCUCUUCCCCUGGUCUGAUAUUUUAUUUACUCCCAAAACCAAGAUGGCUCCUGUGAAUGUGUCGGUCCCAUAGCAAAUCGAGGAUGCGAAUAGCUGCCGGAAAAACAACUUUCUCCCGACCGUCGCAUCCCCUGGAGUCCGUUUCGUAUGGUUCGGAGGAGGCCUCCAACUCCGCGUAGCCGCUGAGUAGCCUUUGGGGCUUCGCGGAACCGUCCUCAAGGCACCAAUUUGGAGUAGUUUGGUCAAGUAUCCUGGUCUCCUUCUCGCCGUGUGUCCGGAGAGAGGUGCGGGAAGGCGGCUCAUCCAAAUGGCCGAACCGAGAAAAGUGCAGUUUGUCACCCUGUCGGCCUUCGCGGCCGGGGCCGCCUCGGAGUCGAGGAAGCGCCGGUUGGAGGACGAGGCCGACUACAGUUUAAGCGAAGACGACGAGGUCGGCACGUCGGCGGGGGAAGGCUUGACGGAGACCGGGGCAGGAGGCGCCGCGAGCCGCCGCGCCAAAGCCGGGGAGUGGGACAAGGCUGGAGCCGAGAAGAGAGCGACGGUGCGGCUCAACCUGCCCCUCAGCGAGCCCGACGACCGUGCCUCUGCCGAGUUCAAUUACGGUGAACUCCUCCACAACCUCCAGCCGAAGAACAAACCUCCAAGUGAGACUCCCGCCCCCGACCCCGACGACCCCUUCAACGAUGACGAGAAGGAGCGACUGCAAGUGGAGGCUCUGGCGAAGAAGUUCGAAAAUAAAUACGGCAACGUGACAAAGAAGAAGAAGGACAGAAUGCAGGAUUUGAUUGAUAUUGGCUUUGGUUAUGAUGAGACGGACCCCUUCAUUGACAACUCAGAGGCUUAUGACGAGCUGGUUCCUGCCUCGUUGACCACAAAGCUGGGCGGUUUUUACAUCAACACCGGAACGCUGCAGUUCCGAGCGGCGUCCGACUCCGAGGGCGAGGACGACAAGAACACGAACGGCGACAAUGAACAGGCCAAAACGAGGAAGAAGAAGGAGCUGAGCAACCUGCAAGAGAAAAAGAGCAUUGAACCUAAACAAGGAGUGGCAGCUGUCAGCUUUCAUCGUCCCGAAAAGAAGAAGCGCAAGAAGCUGAUGAAGGACUCGCUGUAUUUGGCGGCCAUGCUGCGCCGCUUCAGCAUGGAGAAGGAACAGAUGCGGAAGAAUAACCUCAGCGUGGCUCCCGCGGGUCUGGCGGGGGGCGUGGCCAACAAGCCGUGCGCCGCCGACGCAGCCAAGCACCUACUGGCGUCUGACUCGGCCCACCCGCCCCUCGACACCAACGCCGCCGCCAACAGCGACCUCUUGCUGGCGGACCUGACCGGUGACCCCGCCGUGAUGUCGCUGCUGGGCUCGGCCAACGAGAAGGAGCUUCAGGACCUCCUCGGCGACCUGGACUUUGGCUUGUUGGACGGCGAACAGCAGCACGUCGCGUCCGCCGUCAGGGAGAACGGCAUCCUGGGAGUCGGCGCGCCUGGCCAAAAAGGAGGAGCGGGCGGGGGCAUCCAAGGGCGAGGCCUGGGGUCUUCCGGUGGACUCUUCCCACCUCCGCCGCUGCCUGGGGGGCUGCCGGCUCCUCUCGUCAAACGCAUCGAGGACCUGCGGGCGGCUUCUCGUCAGUUUGAUCAGGAGGGCAGAAAGAAAUUUUUCACUCUGGACAUGAAUAACAUCCUGCUGGACAUUGAACUACAGGUGCAAAAGCAGCCUCCCGACGUGCGCUCGGGCGUCUACGCGCACAUGGAGGCAUUCGUGCCGUGCAACAAGGAGGCGCUCCUCAAGCGGCUCAAGAAGCUCAGCCUCAAGAUCCAGGACGACAGGAUGCGGAUGCCGCUGCUGGAGCUGAAGCUGGCCGUGUGCAGCGUGAUGCCCGAGCAGAUCGCCAGGUACAACAUGGACUGCAUGGCCAAGGUGGCAAAGCAGCAGUCGGAGGAGGGUGAGAAGAACGGAUCAGAGGAGGAUGAUGAUGAGAAACCUGGCAAAAGGGUGAUGGGUCCACGCAAGAAGUUUGUCUGGGACGACAAGCUCAGGAGUCUGCUUUGCACGUUGGUGCGAGUGAAGCUGAGCUGCUACGACAUGGAAUUACAGAGUUCUCUCUCUGUGGAGGACUACCUCAAGGCCUUUUUGGAGAAUGAGGUCAAACCGCUGUGGCCCAAAGGCUGGAUGCAGGCCAGGAUUCUGUUCAAGGAGAGUAUGUCAGUUCACAUUCAUCUUACUGGGACCCUAGCCAAGAGGAGAGUGCUGCCGGGGCCCAAGGCCAAAGCUAAGGAGGGCGUGUGGAUCCGCAAACCUCCGCUGUCCAUGCCGCCCGCUCCGUGCGCGCCCGCCUCGUCCACUUCUUCCGUGAUCAUGGCUCGUCCGCCGCCAUCGCCGUCGGAGCUGAUCUGUCUGUCGGACUCUCUGGAUGAGGAUCUGAGCGCCCCGUCGCUGGACUCCAUUUCGCAUGCGCUCGCCCUCCUCGGCAAUGCCGCCAAGGGCCUGGGCACCGCCGACAGUCCCCUGUCGCCUCCUCCGCCGCAGAUUCCCACCUCCUCCCCUCCACCCGUCACCCCCCACUACCCCCCGCAGGUCACGUGCGCCGCCCCCUCCAAGCUGGCGAGCACUGCCACGGCUUCUUCUACCUCCAGGGCGCCCUGCAGGCCCGCCGACGGCGCCUACAAUCUGGUUAAGGCGAUCGGAGCCCCCGGCCAGAGACUAGUAACCGCGGCGACCGCCAACAACAGGCCCAGCGCCAUCAUGGGCAGCAAGAUGCAUCCUCACCCCGCCCCGUCGCCGCCGAAGCAGCGCCCCCCUCCCACGGCGUCCCCUUUGAUGCCCCCCCAUCAUCAGAAGGCCUUGGCCAACGCCCCUGUGGCUACAUUGGGGGUCCCUCAAAGCGUGCUCAAGGGCGGGCCCAAAUUGGGCGGCGUCGGCAAUAACGGCAGCAUGGCGCAGUCGUCUUCGCCGUCCCCGCAAUCCCGCCCCGUCCCCGCGCCCCACCCCACCCUGCCGUCCUUCUGCCCCGCGUCGUCGCCGUCGCCCGUGUGCCAGUCGGCCCCCUCCGCCCAAGUCAAAGCCCGCCCCCAGCAGCCCCAGCCCAACUUCAUCACGCCCAUGCAGGCCACGCUUACCAAGCCUUCCCACAGUACCAACUCGUCACCCAUCAUCAAGUUGACCCCUCGCCCGCCGCCACCCACCCCACCGCCCUCCUCCUCGUCCUCUUCGUCCCCCUCGCCAUCCUCCUCUCCCUCGCACCCCACCGGUCCCAAACACCAGUACUCCCCCAAAACUUUCCGACCGCCUUUUGGCAUUACGGGUAGCGCUCAAGGGACUGCGGCCAAGCAGGCGCCGGGCGCCUUCGCGGGGGCGCCCAAACCUCCGACCAAUACCGGCGCCCACAGCUCCGCCGGCAACAACAAGACCUCCUCGGCCACCGGUCACGCGAACAAAACGCCGCCGCCGUCUCCCUCGGCCAAUCACAGCCAAAGGCAGAGGCUGGUGGGCGCGGCAGGGCAGAAUUUGAAGGCGGGGAAUGGCUGGGCGGCGUCGGGAUCUUUGGCCAUACCCUCCACGACAUCACACCUCUCGCAGGUAACGGCGGCAGGCGGGCCCCUCUUGGGCAGCCCCUCCACGCUGCCACUGGGCUUUGGAAUGCUUGGCGGCCUGGUGCCCGUCUCGCUACCCUUCCAGUUUCCCCCGCUGCUCAACUUCAGUCCCCCCGGAGCCCCGGGCCCCGCCGGCAUGGGCUCGGCCCCCGGCUCCAACUCAGGAUACCCCCUAGCACAGAGCGACCUGUUGGAGCUUUACAAGAGUCUCCAGUCCGGGUCACAGGCCACUCUACCUCCUCACUUGCAGCUUGCUUUCUCAGACACCAACCAAAGUCAGGGCGGAGACAAGCGGAAGCCAAGCCACUGAUAGCUGCUCCAUCAUGACAACAUUGGACUCUUUUAAUUGACUGACUAUUGCGCCAAUGGGACACCGCAGAGCUUUUUUUCUUGCUAUUUUUUUUAAGUAAUUAAAAGUGCACCUGGAUGGACUUUGGCACACAAAUGAACUUUCUAGAACAAGACAGAGUGGGUGAGGAGAAGGAUGUAUUUUAAUUAUUUUAUUUUUCUUUCUUUUUGGUCAACAUGUUUACAUCAAGCGACCUUGAUCACUGUGGAAGGAGAGAACAUGAAGAUUUCUAUUUAAACGGUGGGGCAGAUUUCUCGACAAAAAUCAAAACAAGAUUGAAAGAAAUCUGAUGCUUAUUUUUUUCUUUGUGUCCUUUUUUAGCCUUUUUAUUGUUGCGACACUUACUCCUCUUAUUUCUCGCUCCCACUGACGACUGUUAAGUAGUAGCUUAAAUUAUAAAUAUUGAUAAAUUAUUUGUAAUUUACACAGGGACGUUAUACUGUGUGUGCGUGCGUGUUGGAAAGAGAUGAAUGUGUAUGCGUAGGGAAAAAGCAAACAAUAUACUGUUAAUUCCACAUUCUCCCAACAGUACGGAGUGAACGUUGCACAGGACAUUUUGUUGUCUUUUUUUUUUUUUUUUGGUGCUCUUUCAUCACACUGGACCUUUUUAUUGCGGCACGCUAAAGACUUGAAAUGAGAAUGCAGCAGGGAGAGAUGCGAGAUAAGAUUGUAGCAUACUUGAAUGACUUAUCUUUUGUUGUUGUUGGUUUUUUUUGUGUUGCCAUUUCUCCAACGUUAACACAUGCUAAGGCCUUAGUUUGGACGCCGGUAGAAAAUGUUCUAUGCAGGAUAUAUGUGCAAAAGUAACCAGAACACGCCCCCCCCCCCUCCCUUUGCUUAAAUGACUGAUUACCUCCAUAGGCUCCUACCCACCUUUGUGCGCGUGUGUAAGACUGAGAUGGUUGCACCAAGAAUGACGCCAAAGAUUGUUGUAGCGCUCCUUCUUUCCUUCUGUGUGCGUUUGUGUGUGUGUGUGUGUUUCAUGUCGAGUCAUGUGACCCACAGCAGUGAUUGACACUUUGGGUGAAGGGGAUAAGAUGGGGGUUGAAGGAGGUGUUGACUGGUAAGGUGUAAACAAAAGACAUUUCUCUGAAUCGGUGGUUUCAUUUAAAUAUUUUUUUUUCCUUUUAAGUAGAAUUACUUUCUCCUGUGUGUCAAAUACGGAAUUAAAACACAAAACAGGUGGUUUCCA